UUGUAAAUAAGCGCGCUAGCAGUAACCAAUCCAGUUGCCGGCGCAACGCAUGCGCAGUGUGAAAAUAUCAAUGUGGGUGCUUCAAGUGGGGGUAUUUGAAGUUGUGACGUCAGCUGGCAAGAUGUCUGCACGCCGAGGGCCGAGGAUCAAAAAGAAUUUUGACUGAAGUAGCUAGCGCUCCCUCGUGUCGUUUCGGUUUAUUUACAACUAGAUAACAUAACCUGACAUAACCAAACAGAACCGAUCCCGAGGAUUUUGUGAAUUUUGGACUCACAAAGUUCGAGAAAAAAAAGGUUCUAUCUUUUAAGGAAACAAUGGAUUCAACCGAAGAUCGACCAAUUCGGAAAAUUUGGAGUCGAUCCGAGAAGGCAAUGCUUCUGCAGAUUUUGAAAACCGAAGGACACCAAAAUUUGAAUCGAAUUGCUGCAGCGAUCCCAAAUAAAUCGUUGGGAGCAAUCAAAGCACUGUUAAAUAAAUAUUCAGUCCAAGCGAAAGCGUUCAAGUCCGACUCAAAUGAUCCACUCGAUUUUUGGCUACAUUCUUAUUUCUCGCCCGAAGAUGACAAUUUAGUCGCUAAAGCACUCUUGUUUAUACGACUAUUUGAAGAACAUCCGACACCUCAGGAAUUAAAUGGUGUUGAUAUUAAUUCGAUUUACGAAUUUCUUCAUCGAUCGACGUUAGGCCACAGUCCAGGUGAACUUCCGCCGGAAAUGUGGAAAGUGGUCGAUAGCGAAGUGUCAUUAAUUAGUGAUAAUGUUUCAACUCCGAGUGAGAGAGAAGUUCUUACUUAUUUGAGCACUUUUUCCAACAGACAGAAGCCUCAUAGGGAUUAUUCGAGAAAAGAUCGUGAUAAAACUUGUUAAUUUCUUAUAGGGCACCGUCUAAGUGUAAGUUACGUUUUUAUUUUUUAUUAUUAAGAAUGUUCCAACGGUGUACAUAACCUCAAAUAUAAUAAAAUACUUUAUAAGUUCGAUAAA